CUCUAAAUCUCAUCAAGACGCUCUCUGCUCUCUACUGCUUUGUUUGAAUCUCAUCUCUUCAUUGCUAUCAUCGCCAUGGCUUCUGAGAACAAGAUCAAGAUCGGAAUGGAUGGAUUUGGAAACACCGGCUGUUUGGUCGUUAGGGCUCCUUUUCCGAGGAAGGAUGUUUGGCUUGUUGCUGUUUACGAACCGUUCAUCUCCACUGAUGGCAUGAUUUUUAUGCCCAAGAUUUAUAUGUUCAAGUGCGACAGCGUUCACGAUCAGUGGAAUCACGAUGAAUUGAAGGUCGAGGAUGAAAAGACCCUUCUCUUCGGUGAGAAGGCCGUCAGAGUUUUUGGAAUCAGAUUCUUUUUGGUUGUUCAGGGUGGCGCAGAGAAGGGUGUCAUCUCUGCUGGUAGCAAGGAUGCACCCAUGUUUGUUGUUGGUGUGAACGAGAAGGAAUACAAGCCAGAGCUUGAUAUUGUUUCCAAUGCUAGCUGCACCACCAACUGCCUUGCUCCCCUGGCUAAGGUCAUCCAUGACAAGUUUGGAAUUGUUGAGGGUCUUAUGACCACAGUCCACUCAAUCACCGCCACACAGAAGACUGUUGAUGGACCAUCAAUGAAGGACUGGAGAGGUGGCAGAGCCGCUUCCUUCAACAUCAUUCCUAGCAGUACUGGUGCUGCCAAGGCAGUUGGAAAAGUUCUUCCUGCCCUUAAUGGUAAAUUGACUGGAAUGGCCUUCCGUGUUCCAACUGUGGAUGUAUCAGUUGUUGAUCUCACAGUUAGGCUUCAGAAGGAGGCAACUUAUGAGGACAUCAAAUGUGCUAUCAAGGAGGAGUCUGAGGGCAAGCUCAAGGGAAUUUUGGGCUACACUGAAGAAGAUGUUGUGUCUACAGACUUUGUUGGUGACAGCAGGUCAAGCAUUUUUUAUGCCAAGGCUGGUAUUGCUUUGAACAAAAACUUUGUCAAACUUGUCUCCUGGUAUGACAACGAAUGGGGUUAUAGUUCCCGUGUGGUUGACUUGAUUGUCCAUAUGGCUUCUGUCCAAGCUUGAAGCUAAACUGGUUCAAGGCGACUUACAUUUUCAUGCAUGAGUCUGAGUUAGACUUUUUGUUUCCGAAUGUUCUGCAGUUCGAAUAAAACAUGCAUGACUGUUUAUGUUUGUUAAUGUCUAUCUAAUGUUUCCGGGGUGUUUUUGCCUUGAUAUCAAAGUUGUAGAGGAACAAAUUUUUACAGUUCAAUAGAAGUAAAAAGGAUGGUUCUAUUCAUCUAUGAGAUGUUUUAUACUUCUAUUAUUCUUUCCUUGAUCUGAUGGUGUGGUGUUUAUUUUUCUUGUGUGUCUCCCAGCUGGUGCUAGUGGGAAUAUAUGAAUACUGGUUUU